CUGAAGAGCAGAUCAACCAGCUGCCUUUAAGAGUACAAAUUAUCACAUGCAAGCAUAUCGAGUAACUCGAAAGACAACAUUUCCCAUGUUCCCAUUCUCUCUUCUUAUCAGCCACAACAGCUGAAUGAAGUGGACUAGUAAAGGAAAGUUGAUCUUUGAACCGAAGGGUUUCUGCGGAAAAGUUUCAAAUUGACAACAAACAAAAAAAAAACACCCACAAUUUUUGCGACUUUUACAUCGAAGAGUUGCGCAGCAAACGCGCAAACUUUUUGCGCCCAGACAGUUUGAAGGAGUUCUGCUCGUUAGCACAUUCUUCGGGGGAUUGGCAAAGGGGCUUUUGCUAAGAUUAGUCAGUUUAUGCGUUUUCACGUGAAAGAGCCUUUAUAAAGGAGUCAUUUUGUUGGGGACGGUGGUGAGCUACACAUCAGGAAAAGGACUUGUCUGUUUUGUGCAAAGUUUAUUUUGUGCAUUUCAACAUGGCAGCGUAUACAUUACCGGAGGGAUUCACGGAGUUUGAUAUGUUUACAUUCGGCACAGCACUUCUCGUUGGGGGCCUGCUUGGAUUCUUCCUCAAUGCCAUCAGCAUCGUGUCUUUCCUCACAGUGAAGGAGAUGCGGAAUCCCAGUAACUUCUUUGUGUUCAAUCUUGCUGUGGCUGACCUCUGUCUGAAUAUUAAUGGACUCACAGCUGCCUAUGCAAGCUACCUCAGAUAUUGGCCAUUUGGUCAAGAUGGAUGUGGCUACCACGGUUUCCAGGGGAUGAUCGCGGUCCUGGCCUCCAUCAGUUUCAUGGCUGCCAUCGCUUGGGACAGAUAUCACCAGUACUGCACCAGACAGAAGCUCUUCUGGAGCACAACUCUGACAAUGAGCGGUAUUAUCUGGAUUCUGUCCAUCUUCUGGGCUGCUGUUCCUCUAAUGGGAUGGGGCGUCUAUGACUUUGAGCCCAUGAGGACUUGCUGCACGCUGGACUACACCAGAGGGGACAGGGACUAUGUGACCUACAUGCUAACUCUGGUGCUGCUCUACCUGAUGUUCCCGGCCAUCACCAUGUUGUCGUGUUACGAUGCCAUCUACAAACACUUCAAGAAGAUCCAUCACCACAGGUUUAACACCAAUAUGCCCUUGAGGGUCAUGCUGAUGUGCUGGGGCCCCUACGUCCUCAUGUGUAUCUACGCCUGCUUUGAGAACGUGAAGGUCGUGUCUCCAAAGCUGCGAAUGGUGCUUCCAGUUGUUGCAAAAACAAAUCCUAUCUUCAACGCUCUCCUCUACUCGUUCGGAAAUGAGUUCUACCGAGGCGGCGUGUGGCACUUCCUCACCGGACAAAAGAUUGUUGAUCCAGUUAUUAAGAAGUCAAAAUAAAAGGAAACUCAGUGUCCUCUGGCAAAAAAAA